AUGGCUGCCCUGACUCCUUGUGGGCAGACGCUAGAUGGCAAACACAAGUUGAAUGCAGAAUUGUGCCCUCUUGGCAGGCGGAGCAUGAAGCGGAAGGCACUGUUCACCUGUCCCUUCAAUGGAGACUGCCGAAUCACCAAGGACAACCGUCGCCACUGCCAGGCCUGCCGGCUCAAACGCUGUGUGGACAUCGGCAUGAUGAAGGAAUUCAUCCUAACAGAUGAGGAGGUGCAGCGUAAGAGGGAGAUGAUCAUGAAGCGAAAGGAGGAAGAAGCCUUGAAGGACAGUCUGAGGCCCAAGCUAUCCGAGGAACAGCAGCGCAUUAUAGCCAUCCUGCUGGAUGCCCACCACAAGACCUAUGACCCCACCUAUGCUGACUUCAGGGAUUUCAGGCCUCCAGUUCGUAUGGAUGGGAGUGAAAGGAGCUAUCCUGCAGGGCCCACACUCAGCUUCUCCGGGGAUUCCUCCUCCUCCAGCUCCGAUCUGUACACAACGUCACUGGACAUGAUGGAACCAUCCAAUUUUUCCAACCUGGAUCUGAAUGAAGAGGACUCUGAUGACCCUUUGGUGAGCCUGGAUCUGUCCCAGCUCUCCAUGUUGCCACACUUAGCGGACCUGGUCAGCUAUAGCAUCCAAAAGGUCAUCGGCUUUGCCAAGAUGAUACCAGGAUUCAGGGAUCUCACCUCUGAUGACCAGAUUGUACUGCUCAAGUCAAGUGCCAUUGAGGUUAUCAUGUUGCGCUCCAAUCAGUCUUUCACCAUGGAUGACAUGUCCUGGGACUGUGGCAGCCAGGACUACAAGUAUGAUGUCACUGAUGUCACCAAAGCUGGGCACACCCUGGAGCUGAUCGAGCCCCUCAUAAAGUUCCAGGUGGGGCUGAAGAAGCUGAACUUACAUGAGGAGGAACAUGUCCUUCUCAUGGCCAUCUGCAUCGUCUCCCCAGACCGACCUGGGGUACAGGAUGCCAAGCUGGUUGAAGCCAUUCAGGACCGUCUAUCCAACACACUGCAGACUUACAUCCGCUGCCGCCACCCACCCCCAGGCAGCCACCAGCUCUAUGCCAAGAUGAUCCAGAAGUUGGCUGACCUGAGAAGCCUCAACGAGGAACACUCUAAACAGUACCGCUCCCUCUCCUUCCAGCCCGAGAACAGCAUGAAGCUCACACCCCUUGUGCUAGAGGUGUUUGGCAAUGAGAUCUCCUGACCAGGGUGACCCACAGUGGUGCCUGGGUGGGGCCGCUCCUCCAGGGCCCUGUACCCAAGCUCUGGGCUGGUUGCAGCCCAGCAGUGCCUCCUGCCCCUUCUGGAGUUCAGUCCUUCCUCUGCCAUCGCCCAUGUCUGUCUAGCCCAACCUUUCCCCUGCCCAGCCUGUCUCCCUUUCCUGCAGACCACAGGUUGGCCCUGUCCCUUGAGACUUGAGUUAUGAGAGACUGCUAUUCAUUUGACAAAGAAAGUCAAGUGGGGGUAGAGGGCAGAGGCUGCAGGCAGAGCCCUGCCUAAGCAUGUUCCCACUAUUAGGGGCUGCUGCUCGUUUCAAGGGAGGCAGGCAGGAGAAAUGUGCCCAUGCCUCAGGGACAGCUACCUGUACCUCCCCUGACUCUGGCCCCACCUGCCCAGAGCUUGGUGGGAAAUCCCCUACCCCUGCCAAAAAGGGUACACAACUUACCCACAAUCCCCUGCCUCCCAUCUCAUCCUGCCGCCAGUGUGUGCUAUUCCAUCCCAGGGCAGUAGCUCACUGUGGGGUCUCCUUCCUCUGCCAUUAUAUUCACAGACUCAUUCACUGCCAAGAUGACCAAACACACAAUCACAUUAGCCAACGAGUACUCACCUAGCACUGUAGUUCCAGCCUUUCAGGAUUUGUUAUGGGAACCCCCAGGCCAGCACCUGUGGUAUGGGCCUUCUUCUUCAUUCCCAGAACCACUGACCUAGAAAAACACCCGAGGAAAGGCCCCUGGAAUGGAACACAAGCCCAAGUAACAAAGUCAGACUCCCAGCAGGACCAUGAAUGGAGACACCUCUGUCCUUGUCAUCAAGCCCAGGGUCCCUCAGCCUGGAGAUACUGGGAUCUCUUCUCUCACCUACAGAUGUGCCCGGACCAAAUGUCCCCAACUUUCAGGAAAUUCCCAGCCCUGUCUUCACCCCUUACCCUGCCAGUGCCUUACCACCUACCUAGGAAAACACCUCUUUCUUGGGCCUCACCCUCUGGUCACCAAGAAUGUCCCAAAAGUCAUUUCAGCUUUCCCAACACUCCCAUUUGGAUCAGCAGUGUCCAUCUGGUAGAGGGGGAUGGAGGAAAACCAAGAGCUGCCCACGUGGGCCUCCAAGCCUGCUUUACAGAUAGAAAACCAGACAGGAGUACUCCACACCUCGGGAUAAGUGGAGAGGUGGUCAGAAUGUGUGGGGUACAGUGAUAUGGGGCCAGUUCCCUCCUGAUUCCCUCAUUCCACCACUUCAUAGUCAGUGUAGAUCUAUGAAAUGAACAGGUGAUGGACUAGGUAUGUAUCUUCAAACUCUACUUCUUCCUCUGCAGCAGCCCAGCCCAGCCCGGGAGUUUGGAACCCUGAUCUUGCUCACCCCCAGCACACCCCUUUCUGAUAAUGGGUUGUAAGUGUGUGGGACCCAUACAGAAGAGGUUCUCAUAGGGGGACUCACAGAAGGCCCUCAGGUAAAUGUUAGAUUUGGGGAACACAGCCACAUUGAAAGCACCAGCAGAAUGCUAAUGUCAGUGGGAAUUGAGCCCCAGAUGUGUCCUUCUAUCUACAUUAAAAAAAAAUUUCCCUGAAAAUCCUGGGGGAGAAAACAUUUAACAUUGAAAGAAUCAUUAGUGCCCACCUGGCCCUAUGUUUCCCAGAAUUCAAUUGGAAAAUAUCUGGGGCCACAUUCUUGUAUUGCAUAAUGGCAGUCAGAAGACUUCAUUUAAGAUUUAUUGGAUCAUGGUUGUCUUACAGGAUUACACCCCACCUAUACUGUGUUCUAACACUGAGGUGGCAACACCUGAAUUAGCGAUUUAUGAGUGUGUGUGUGUGUGUGAAGAUACUGUACAUUGAUGAUUAUUGUUACUCCACAAAAAAAACUAGAGAGACCUUUGAUUUUAGCUGCAGAACACAUUGAUCCAGCUCACUAUUCAAUGGGAGGGAAAGUUUGAAAAUUGCUAAGCUACUGCAACCCCUUUAUGAUGAGAACCUGCUAUUAGAGGAGAGCGUGGUCUACUGGGGCUCUUACAAGUAGAAACAUCCCCAGGCCUGGAGAAACUUGGAACUUAUGGUCCUGGGCCAUUUUAUAUCAAGCCUGUUUACCACUGCUCUGGUAGUUGACCCAAGAUUUGAGGAAGCCCUGGAUUUUAGAGCAAACCUUCAUCUGGACUUUCUUUUUAUCCUGAGUAAAAAACCCACUCACCCAUCCAAAGGAGGAGGGAAGGCACUCCGGCCUCCCUGAGUGAGGCCUGGCUUUUGGAUUCUCCACCUCAGCCCCGUGUGCUGCUAUUGUCUUGUCAGUCUUUGGAAAGCCUCUCUUUCUGUCCUCUUCCCUUCCUGCCCUCUCAAUGAAACUAACGGGCCAGAGAAGGCCAGUUACUCAGCCCAAGGGCCCACCACCACCGAGGGAGCCUCCCAAGGGAAGCCUAGGAACUGGGAGGAAAACAAAACAGGGCCAGGUAGGGUUUAGGAGCAUCUAGUUUGUUUAUUCUGAACACGCAAAGGUAGGCGUUGAAAGAGCUCACACUUCUGAGAGGUAUUUUAUUAGACAUGAAGGAGAAAUGGACAGACACCAACAUGGAAAAUCAGCAAGAUUUCCUGAGCUAGGCAAAUCCUCCUGCUGUCUAAGUGGAAGGAAGUAGGGGAGUCCCAGCCAGGCCAAUAGUCAUGGCUGAGACAAAUGACAAACAUGGCAGAAGGUAGACAUCUAAAGAGCCUACCUCCAAAGAGGAAAAAAAAACGUUUUCCAAGAGCUUGCCAAAUAAACCAAUGAAAAUGCUUUGCUGAUGGUGAUAAAAGUGGCUCAUCCAUACACAGCACUUACUUUGUGACAAGUACCGCUGUAAAUAAACGCCUCAUGAAAACCAA